GAUUCAUCUAUUAGCCAUAUAAACUCAAAUAAUAAAACCAACAUCUCAGCUUUGUGGGUGGCACCAGCAUCACAUGCCAGAGUUCUUUUUAGCCAGAACGAGUUUGUUGGCACAAUGACCAUCCUCAAUAAGGAAGAUCCAAAUUCUACCGCUCCUUUGACCACUCCCGGGAGCACAUCUACGUCAGCGAUCCUUACUUCUAUUUCUCCACCCACUCAUAUAAGUCGGGAUACCUGUGGAACCCAGAAAAUUUGUCUCAGCAGCCCUUCUGACUGUGACCCUUCCAAAACCACUAACUGCCACUUUAUGUCCUCAACCAAGACAAGUAAUGGAGGCUAUCACUUUGAGAUUAGCGGACCAGCAGCUGGAUAUGUAGCCUUUGGAUUUUCAGAUGACCAAUUUAUGGGAAAUGAUGACAUUUACAUCUGUGGGAUUAACGCUACAGGUCAGGUUCACAUUCAGCAUGCAUAUGCAGAAGGAAGACGUCGACCCCAAAUCUUAACUCUGACUAAUGUAGAAGCCAGUCUUCUGUCAUACAGUGGUGGAGUGAUACAAUGCACGUUCUCUUCAACGAACCAAAUCUCAACACAACAGCCUGUGCUGCAAUCCCGAUCCAGUAACAGUUCGGAUGUGUACUAUGUGCUAGUUUGCUAUGGGCCCUCUCUUAAUGGUGCUCUCAUGCUAAUUGCUUGGAUGACCACAGGAAGUCUAGGAAUGGCUCUUGCCCGAUAUUUCAAAGUUGCGGCACAAAAGCUGUUUUUUGGCAAAGCCUUUUGGUUCCAGAAUGCUAUAACACAUGCCGUUAUUGGGUGUAUUGUAAUAGGCCUGACAUUUGUCCAACCAUUUAUUGCUUUCUUCCGACCAUCACCUGAAAAUAGCAAGAGAUUCAUUUUUAAUUGGUUCCAUCGUAUCAAUGCCUCUGUGAUAAAGGUUUUGGCAGUGGCCAAUCUUUUCCUGGGACUGCAACUCAUAGACCACAAAAAUGGAUGGAUGGUAGAAGUGAUGGGAGGGUUCGUUGGCUGGUGGGUGCUAUUCCUAAUUGUUUUUGAGAUAAAUGCUACUCUGGCUAAGAAAGGAAAGAAGAAAUCAGCAGACAAAGAAAAUACACAGGCCUCGGCAAAGUACGAGAUCCCCCUGCUCUUCCUCUACCUGUGUGGAAAUCUGGCAUUCCUGAUCACACUCCUUGUGGGAAUUAGCCAAUCAUAG